AUUUCACUCCAAUGUAUUUACUGUUGAAACAACUGGACUUUACACAAAUACUGGUUCGUUCGAUACCUCUAAUUUCCGCUAUCAAUAACAGUGCAACACGUGGGAUAUUAAAUAUUUCAAGGCUUUUUUCUACCACAAUUAAAAUGACCGAUUCAAGUAAGCCAUCUUUAAUUGCCAUUGUACAAAUGACGGCAACAUCAAACAAGGCCGACAAUUUUGCCGUUACCAAAAAGAAAAUUGAGGAAGCCAGUAGCCUUGGUGCCAAAGUAGUUUUUCUGCCAGAAGCGUGUGAUUACAUUGCUGAUUCCCACGCUCAGUCACUUGAGCUUGCCGAGAAUAUGGAUGGGCCCUUGAUCAAAAACUAUUCAGAACUUGCAGUGCAAAAUCAGAUAUGGAUUUCAAUUGGUGGAUUCCACAACAAAAGCAGUUCGAUUGAUAAAAUGUUCAACACUCAUGUGCUCAUCAAUUCGGAUGGGCAAAUAGCCGGUCGUUACGACAAGACUCACUUGUUUGACGUUGAAAUUCCGGAGAAGAAAAUCAAAUUAAAAGAGUCGGACUACAUUGAGAAAGGAGGAUCGAUUGCUUCCCCGGUUGAGUCACCUGUGGGCAAAAUCGGUUUAGGAAUCUGUUACGACGUGCGAUUUCCUGAAUUCAGCUUGUCACUAGCUCGAAUGGGGGCCGACAUCAUUACUUAUCCAUCGGCUUUUACCGUGGCCACUGGGCUGGCCCAUUGGGAAUCGCUUUUGAGAGCCCGAGCCAUCGAGACGCAAUGCUUUGUCGUCGCAGCCGCCCAGACGGGCAUUCACAAUAACAAACGCUCCUCCUACGGUCACGCCAUGGUUAUUGAUCCUUGGGGAACGGUGAUAGCCCAGUGUCGAGAAGGGACCAGUUUAGCCUUAGCUGCGAUCGAUUUGGAAUAUCUGAGAAAAGUGCGACGCGAAAUGCCCGUUUUCACUCACCGACGACAAGACGUCUACCAAUUACCCAGUUGUGGUGUGUUGCCAGUUUCACCGCUGCCGCCAGACGAGGCCACAUUCAAUUUCGGCCAGGUGACCAUCAAAGGAUGGGCAGUGUUCUACCAAAGUCGGCAUUCUUUGGCUUUUGUUAACCGCAAGUGCGUCGUUCCAGGACACGUGUUGGUGAUGCCAUUGAAAGCGAUCAGACGGAUGCCAGACAUGGAGCCAGACGAAUUGUCCGAUUUGUUUCUCACGUCGCAAAUAGUCCAGAGAGGCAUGGAACUUUUCCACGGCGUUUCAUCGUCCAACGUUGCCGUUCAAGACGGCCCUGAUGCCGGACAAAGCAUUCAGCAUGUCCACGUCCAUAUCCUGCCUCGACGCCCGAAAGAUUUCAAGGAGAACGACCAAGUUUACGAUGAACUCAACAAUCAUGACAAGGGACCCAACGUGGAAUGGCGCCAGGAAGAAGAUAUGAAGAGAGAAGCCACAGAGCUCCGCCAGUUUUUCGCGAAAUUGUAACAAUUUCAUACUUAAGUUUGAUGUCAUAUAUAACGGUGCAAAAUUCUAGCGAAAGAAAGAAAUUAAAGUACAAUUCCAAUGGGAGUAAAGCCGUGGGUGGAUACUUGACCUGAUGUCCCAAUUGGAUGAUGCAACAUUAAAAUAGUUUCAACAUCAUCCAGUCGCUGAUGCUUAGCUCCGAGAUGUAAAAUAAAUGAUGGCGAAAUUUUGA